GUUUCUUACACACAACAGAACACGCACGGCCCGAGAGUCCACGUCACAGACAGACAGACAGACAGACAGAAAACAUGAAGAGACACCGCCGCGACGGAGAUAAACCAGAGAUGCAAAAGAAGACAGUCGACGCCGGUGCAUCAGGAGGAGGAGGAGGAGGAGGAGGAGGAGGAGGAGAAGGAAUCACCUGCGGGGGCUGCAGGACGCCGGUGUCGAUGGUACUCGAUGACGAUCAUCAUCACGUUCACAUGGAUCUGCAGGAGUUGCCCGAAGGAUGCAUAGCUAAAGUCGUCUCCUUAACGACGCCUCGAGACGCGUGCAGGUUUUCGGCGGUGUCUAAGAGUUUCAUGUCGGCCGCUGAUUCCGACGCUGUUUGGGACAAGUUCCUUCCCCCUGAUAUCCCCUCCAUCCUAUCUCACGCCUCCUCCUCCUCCUCCACCUCCUCCUCCUCCAAGAAGAAGCUUUACCUCACUCUCUGCGAAAACCCUGUCCUCGUUGACGACGGCAAAAUGAGUUUUACUCUGGACAAAUGGAGUGGGAAAAAAUGUUACAUGAUAUCGCCGAAGGACCUUAUGAUUGCUUGGGGUGGUACUCCUGCCUACUGGAAAUGGAUUUCUCUUGCCAACUCCAGGUUUGAGGAGGUGGCUGAGCUUGUAGUUGUUUGGUGGCUUGAGAUCAAUGGCAAAAUUGAUACACGGAUUCUUUCCCCCUCCACUGUCUACAAAGCUUAUCUUGUGUUCAUGUUAAGUGAAAGGGCUAGAGGAUUUGAUCGUGACGAUCUCUUGGAGGUCAAGGUAGGACUUUUUGGGGAAGAAGAGACUAAUAGUAAGCGCACUGUGUUUCCGGGCCAAGAAAGGAGCCUAAAAGUAGGAUGGAGGAGACAGAACAUUAUCGGGAGACCUAUCGAUGAAACUCAAUAUCCAAAGAAAAGGCCCGACGGCUGGCUGGAGGUGGAGAUUGGAGAGUUUUUAUGUCCAGGAGAAGAAGAUGGGGGGUUAAUGGAGAUGGCAUGUAUGGAGGUUGAUAGAAUGAUGAGAGGCCUUAUUGUUCAGGGGAUUGAAGUCAGGCCCAAAAGAAUGUAGAAAGUCAAACUUUUUUCCAAGGAUUUACAUGUAAUGGGUGCAUUGUCAAUGUUACAUAUAAGGAAUAUUAUUAGUAAGAAAAACAAAAAGGCUCAUUGUAUUAUAAUUUUGUUGAUAAAAUGGUUGCAAUUGCUCAUCUUUGAACUACA